UCUCUGGAGAUCAUCUGUGUCAUAUUUAUUCUGAAACUUGAUUCAUGAAGAAAUGGACAAGAGUAUUCUGGUAUUAUGAUGUGUGGUUUUACUCAGAUAAGAUCAGAGGGGAUGAGACAUUGUAACCAUACUGCUGAAUUUUUGCCUUACCUAGUAGUAGAAUAGAAGAAUUAAGUCAUUUUUAGCUUCUAACACUUUUAAUGAAGACUGGUAAGUACUGCCCAUGACUUCUUUCAUUUAACCCUCAGGUUAACAGCUUGUUCAAGUUCAGAAAACCUAGAAGGAUUUGUUUUUGACUCCAGGCAGUCUGACUGCAGAGCCUUGACAGGACUACAAAGGGAAGAAUGCAGACAAUUAAAUGUGUGGUUGUAGGAGAUGGGGCUGUAGGGAAAACCUGCCUCCUCAUCAGUUAUACAACAAAUGCCUUUCCUGAGGAGUAUAUCCCUACUGUCUUUGACAAUUAUAGCACCCAGACAUCUGUGGAUGGCCAAAUCGUCAGCCUGAACCUAUGGGACACUGCUGGCCAAGAGGAGUAUGACCGUCUGCGAACACUCUCCUAUCCCCAGACCAAUAUCUUUGUCAUUUGUUUUUCCAUUGGCAACCCGUCCUCUUAUGCCAAUGUGAGGCAUAAGUGGUACCCAGAGGUCUCCCAUCAUUGUCCCAAUGUACCUGUUCUGCUGGUAGGUACCAAAAGGGACUUGCGGAGUGACUUUGAGACCGUGAAGAAGCUGAAGGAGCAGAGCCUAGUACCCACAACUCCUCAGCAAGGCACUUCACUUGCUAAACAGGUGGGGGCUGUGAAGUAUUUGGAAUGUUCAGCCCUGAAGCAGGAUGGGGUGCGUGAAGUAUUUUCAGAGGCUGUGCGGGCUGUGCUUUACCCUGCCACAAAGAAAAACACCAAGAAGUGCAUCCUCUUAUAGCUUUUGGGUGCCACGUGGGGACUGCACCUAAGGAGUUUAAGGGAGGGGAUUCCUUUGACAGCAAUUAAGAAUGCCAGCAUAAGCCAUUUUUCUAGAAACUCUAGACUCCAGGAUUUUUGGCUUUUGGAAGAAUGAAGACAGACUGGUUUAUACAUGGCUGCUUUGAAAUUUGGUCUAUCCUUUUUGUGGAGGAAAGUGUGUGUAUGUGUGUUACACACGCAUGUGUAUCCUCUGUCAAAAUGGUUAAGAGGAGACACCACACAGUGUGUUGUUUUCUCUCCUGGCCAGGCCUUGAGUAAGCAAAGCAGUCUUGUAUUAUUCUUUGUAGGCUUUUGCUUGUUUGCUUUUAAAUCUAAUUUCAGCUUUCCUUGCUGUAUUUAACAUUGAGCAAGUGCCUCACAGAAAGACAAAGUUGUUCAGUUUUCAUAUC